AUGCUUGUUGCUGAGGAGCCCGUGGAUGUGGUUGAGGAGGUGGUUGCUGAGGAGAGGGUGGUGCAUGAUACAGACACCAUCACCGUUAUAUCUACGGAGCCAUCAGUUCACACUGAUGGAGCUUUUCUAGGAGGACCUUCGGACAGGUUCGUUUUGACAGGAUAUGCUGACCACGUCGCUUAUAAGAUAUGGCAGGGCGAGAAGCGUCCAGUGCUGAAGCUCACUUCUCACGGGUCGAAGUUGAAGAACUUCCCCGAGAGACCGAUACUUGAGCAGGUGGCGAGGAUAGUUCGGGACUUCCAUUUGAUGGACUUUGCUGGAUGCUCCCUGAUGAUGCUGGACACCCCACUAUUAUCAGCUUUUGUUAAGAGAUGGCACUCGGAGACAUCAUCCUUCCAUCUUCCAUUCGGGGAGAUGACGAUGACUUUGGAUGAUGUGCAUUCCUUAUUUCAUCUUCUGAUUGCUGGUACAUUUUUUACAGCAAUUCAUAGGGACCAGGCGACGGCGGUGCACAUGGUGAUGGAUGCUUUAGAGUUUGAUGAGCUGGUUGUGCUUAAGGAGUUUGGUGACACUCGGGGCUUUCACCUCAGGAUGUCUUGGUUGAGGAAAGUUUAUCAUGAACUUGCUGAUGCAGGGAGCGAUCUUGACACCCCAAGUUGGGCUUGGGGAGUGGCUGCAUUGACGAUGCUAUAUACCGCGCUUGAUGCCGCAUCUCGUCCUGACACCAGACAACUUGCUGGUUAUUUGAGCUUGUUACAUACCCAGCGUUAUGCGGCUGCUGACCCUUGUGCGAGUAGAUGGAAGGCCAGACAUGCCCUUCCAGGAGGGGUGAUUGAGUACAGGCGGAAGCUGGAUGCUCUGACGCUGGAUGAUGUCAAUUGGACACCGUAUACAGGGUAUGUCAGAUGGGAGAGCCAUGUGGCUAGACACUUGCCCGAGAGGUGUCUACACCAGUAUGGUUGUAUACAGGGCAUCCCACGGCUGGUCCUAGAGACUCCAACUGGUUGCAUUGAUCGCUGGGCCGGCCCAUCUACCGCAACAUCUGAUGUUCCAGGGCCUUCAGGUACCAGGGCUUCUUCCGAUCCACCACCACCACUUCCACCUCCCGCAGGUGACCAGGACAGCCGCCUGCAGUACAUUGCCGUUCACUUGGAUAGCCUCAUGGAUUUGGUGAACCCUGAUGCUGAGGUUUACAGUAUUUUAGCUAGGUUGGCGGAUGUUGCCCGUGGAGGACCUGUGUAG